GUGAGGGCAUCAGGGAGAAGGAAGAAAGCCCAGACUCGGGAGAUCAGGAUGAGGAGCGCCAAGCACGGCGGAUAGCAGAGGAAGAGGAGCUGAAACGCCUCAAAGCCGCAGCGGAGCUCGCAGAACGCGAGGAAAAGCUCCUUUUCAUGAUGACGAAGGGUGCAGCCGGAAAGCUACAACCAUCCAAGCCCGAAGACACAGACGUUGCAGAGGGCGACGAGGGCAGCUCCGGUUCUCUCCGAGGUGAUGACACGGAAGACAUCGACAGAGCCCCUGGCCAGCCUCCAUCUUCGCAGGAAGCGAGGGCGGAGGCUGCUCCAACGAAGUCGGAGGAUUGCCAGCAGGCGCUCGAUGACGACCUCCUUAAUACCAUCGAGUUACUGAUGGAAGCUUAUAGUGCCAAAGAGGUGGAGGGCCGGGAGUUGCUGGAAGCGUGGUCUACGCAACUCAGACGUUCAGCUGUGGCCAAGGAACCGUUCUCAGAGCUGCUGGAGGUUCUAAAAGACAGCGAGAAGCCAACAGACCAGGAGAUCAAGGCACAGUGCCCGCUGACAGAUACAUGGUACACGGGGAUCCCAUCCCUUCUUUGA